AUGGUCCUGCUCACGUGGGCAACUCUACAAGGCAUGGAAUGGUUUCUCAGCUUAUUCUAUCAAAGAGUCCAGCACCUCUCUCCCAUCGAAACGGCUGUGCGAUUCAUGCCCAACAUUAUCGCCGGAGGCGCCCUCAAUAUCAUAACCGGUCUGAUCAUCCACCUCAACUACACGGUAGCCAAUCUCCUCAUAACCUCCAUCUUCCCUCGCGAAACCCAAGCGCUCGCAGGAGCCGUGUACCAAGUGAUGUCCCAACUCGGCAUCUCGAUCGGCAUUGCCAUCCUCGCCGUAAUCUCAAACUCAGUCACUGACUCAUCCCCUUUACCAGACAAAGAGUCCCCAGACGCGCUAUUGAAGGGUUACAGGGCUGUCUUCUGGGCCUGCUUCGCCAUGAUGGUGCUCUCGACUCUCGUCGGUGCAUGGGGUCUUCGUGGAUGGAAAACCAUCAAUACCAACCACAACGCUCCACCUAGACCACCAAGCCAAGCCAGUCAGGCAGACAUCAAAUUCAGGAGACUGGAAACCCCUUCUUUCGGAGACUUCUCCCUGCCAAUGCCCAUGAUGGGAAGUCGACCCAGUACCCACGUGAGAGCGUCAGACUUAACAUCUGAAGUGCCUCUUCCACCGCAAUGUCUGAGAGUCACACAAUUGAGGGGAAAGCCCCUCCCACAGCUACCGGCUAGGACGACGAUAAGUGAAGUCGAGACGCAACGUGAUGGGGAUAGCACCAUGUCGCUCGAUAUCGAGCGCGGGGCGAUUCUGCAUCAUAUCCUGAGGUGCUAUGCGCGGAGAGAGGUGGAUGCGAAUGAGGUGCAUGAGGUGUUGGAUGAGUAUUACUUUCGCGGUGUAUGA